AUGCAGGGUGGUCCGAACUGGGUGAAGAACUUCGUCGACUCGCCGAUUAUUGUCGACGCGACGAAGGUAGAGUUCUACAAACAGCCAAUGUGGUACGCAUUGGGUCACUUCAGCAAAUUUGUUCGACCUGACUCGCACAGAAUCCUGUCGAAGUUUGAUUCAACAUCACAUAGUAGCGUGAAGCAGGUGGCGUUCAUCGCACCGGACGACAGCAGGGUGGUGGUGAUCAUCAAUACAGAUGAGGUAAAUAAUGUAACAUUUACUCGCAGGUAA